UUGGUGUCAGGUAGCACUGAAGUGAAAUAGUAGUCUUAUAAAAGCCUUGUGUUUGAUUCUGCCUGUCUGAUAAAAAACAUAAUUUAUGUCUUUCUUUUGUCUUAUUCUGAAUAGAAUCUGUCCUGAAAGAUGUUUAAAUCACAUGAGGUGUCUGGCAAGAGCUCCGCCGCCAUGUCUGUCAGCGUCCACGAGAACCGUAAAUCCCGCACCAGCACCGGCUCCAUGAACAUCUUACUUUUUCACAAGGCCUCCCACCCGGACUGCGUCCUGUCCCACCUGAACACCCUGCGGAAGCACUGCAUGUUCACCGAUGUCACCCUCUGGGCAGGGAACAGGUCGUUCCCAUGCCAUCGGGCAGUGCUGGCUGCCUCCAGCAGGUACUUCGAGGCCAUGUUCAGCAAUGGCCUCCGGGAGAGCCUGGAUGACGAGGUAAACUUCCAUGACAGCCUCCAUCCGGAGGUGCUGGAGCUGCUGCUGGACUUUGCUUACUCCUCUCGGAUCAUUAUCAACGAGGAGAAUGCCGAGUCCCUCUUGGAGGCUGGGGACAUGCUGCAGUUCCAUGACGUCCGAGAUGCAGCAGCUGAGUUCCUGGAGAAGAACCUCUACCCUUCCAACUGCCUGGGCAUGAUGCUGCUCUCGGAUGCUCAUCAGUGCCGGCGGCUCUAUGAGCUCUCCUGGAGGAUGUGCCUGGUCAACUUUGAGACUGUUCACAAGAGUGAGGACUUCAACAACCUUUCCAAGGACACUUUACUGGACCUCAUCUCCAGUGAUGAGCUAGAAAUCGAGGAUGAAGAAAAGGUCUUUAAGGCUGUCAUGCAGUGGGUGAAAUAUGAUCUGGAUGAGCGGAAGGCUUAUCUCCCAGAACUUCUGAGGAAUGUUCGCCUGGCUUUGCUUCCUUCUGAAUGCCUCAAGGAGGCCUUGGCUUGCGAGGACUUGAUCAUGGUGGAUGAAAGGAACAAGCUUGUCCUGGAUGAAGCUAUUCAGUGCAAGAAGAAGAUCCUCCAGAAUGAUGGGGUGGUCACCAGCCCCUGUGCCAGGCCUCGCAAAGCUGGGCACACCUUGCUGAUCCUGGGAGGACAGACCUUCAUGUGUGAUAAAAUCUACCAAGUGGAUCAUAAAGCAAAGGAAAUCAUUCCCAAAGCAGAUCUGCCGAGUCCACGGAAGGAGUUUAGUGCCUGUGCCAUUGGCUGCAAAGUGUACAUCACUGGAGGCAGGGGCUCAGAGAACGGAGUCUCCAAAGAUGUUUGGGUUUAUGACACUGUGCAUGAGGAAUGGUCCAAAGCUGCCCCGAUGUUAAUUGCUCGGUUUGGGCAUGGCUCAGCUGAAUUGGAAAACUGCCUGUAUGUGGUUGGCGGACACACUGCAGUAGCUGGAGUCUUCCCCGCAUCUCCUUCUGUUUCCUUGAAGCAAGUAGAGAAGUACGACCCCGUAUCCAACAAGUGGAUGAUGGUGGCUCCGCUGAGAGAUGGAGUGAGCAAUGCUGCAGUGGUGAGCGCCAGGCUGAAGCUCUUUGUCUUCGGUGGGACCAGCAUCCACCGAGACAUGGUGUCCAAAGUCCAGUGCUAUGAUCCAGCUGAGAACCGAUGGACGAUCAAAGCCGAGUGCCCGCAGCCCUGGCGCUACACGGCGGCCGCUGUCCUGGGCAGCCAGAUUUUCAUCAUGGGAGGAGACACAGAGUUCACGGCAGCCUCCGCCUACCGCUUCGACUGCGAGACAGACCAGUGGACACGCAUCGGGGACAUGACGGCCAAGCGCAUGUCCUGCCACGCCCUGGCCUCAGGGAAUAAACUCUAUGUGGUAGGAGGUUACUUUGGCACUCAGAGGUGCAAAACGUUGGACUGCUAUGACCCUAUGUCAGACACAUGGAACUGUAUCACCACAGUGCCUUACUCGCUCAUCCCCACAGCUUUUGUCAGCACCUGGAAGCACUUGCCCUCGUGAUGAGGGGCAGGGCUUGGGGGCUUGUUUCCAGGAGGUCAAUGAAGAUGCCAGAACCACCUCCAUGUCCCCUCUCUUGUGGCUGGAGCCGACAUAGUGACCAAGAGCCUCCUGUCCUCCCACACAGGACUCCAAGACAACUUCCACAGCCCUUCCUGACACCAGGAGUGGGAGGCAUGGCUGGGGCCCCACCGCCAGCAUCAGCGCCAGGGGGUCACCAAGGGCUACCCAGCCACACCACUGGUCACUGGCCACCAUGCAGGGAUGGCAAGGAGCCAAGAGCACUGCCUUGCUGGGCUGGGCACAGGGAUGGCUUGUGGGCUCCUCUGGACCAACAGGGCUGGGGAGAUGGAGGCUGGGAGACUGCAUCCCUCUACAAACAUGACUGGGUAGGCCUUUUUGUUACUCAGUUGGGGGGGGUUAAGAGAUAUUAAUAUGCUUUUUUCUAAGGCAGUGAACUUGACAUUGGCAGUACUUCCUGCUUGGGUGACUUCGUUAAAGGGAACAAGUUGAGAGCACCUGGCUCUCCCCAUUCUCUAGCCAUUUCAUGGAGGCAAUGGGUAUUGAAAUAUUAAAACAUAGGAGCUUGGGAUGACUGCCAGCAGCACCAGGUACCAUGGCAAAACAGGGCAGAUGCCUUUUGGUUUGUACUUUGGGCCUUCUAAAUUCACCCCCGCUCCCGUUUCCUCGCCGCUGUGAUUUGGUCAGAGGCCGGGUUAGUUCCCCACACACAGCUGCUGGGAAGAGCACGGGGCUCUGUUAGUGUGCCAAGGCAGCAGCACUGCUGCCGAGAUAUUCCCCAGAUAAAGCCCACUGCAUGCUCAGAGCCGGUCUGCUGAGCUUCCCUGCGCGUGGGUGAGGCUCUCAUUAGCAAAGGAGCAGAAAAAGGGGUGCAGUGGGGAACACUCGUGCCUUGGGAAGGGGCACCUUGGCUCCAGCAAGGCCUCGGAGGGAGAGCAAGAGGAUUA